CAGAGGGUGGGGAAGAGGUGGCUUGUGGGAUGCGAACUGCGAAGUCGCCGGCGGCAACACAGACGGGCAGAAGGGGAGAGUGACAGAGAGGCGGCCGGAGACCAGACAAGUGCAGCUGGGGAAAUAAUAACCGGCUUUACGGUGAAUUUUUCGCCUCGACGUUCAGGUUUGGCGCAGCUGUGAUAUUGGAGAAUCAGCGGAAGGAAGGAAAAGUUCAGAUCCCACGAACCAACGCGUGGGAGUGGGGAAGAAGGAUCGUGACUGACUGAGGCAAGCCCCACUGUCUGUCUCGUCAUGGCAGGACCUGGAGGUGACAUGCAGUGGUGCUUCUCUCAGGUGAAAGGAGCCAUUGACGACGACGUAGCUGAAGCUGACAUCAUAUCCACAGUCGAGUUUAACCAUACAGGGGAGCUUCUCGCUACAGGAGACAAGGGUGGGCGUGUAGUCAUCUUCCAGCAGGAAAUAGAGAAUAAAAAUCCGCCUCAGUUCCGGAGUGAAUACAAUGUUUACAGCACUUUCCAGAGCCAUGAGCCCGAGUUUGACUACUUGAAGAGUUUGGAAAUAGAAGAGAAGAUCAACAAAAUUCGCUGGCUUCCUCAGAAGAAUGCUGCUCAGUUCCUGUUGUCGACUAAUGAUAAGACAAUUAAGUUGUGGAAAAUCAGCGAACGAGAUAAGAGACCAGAAGGCUAUAAUCUCAAAGAGGAGGAUGGACGCUACAAAGACCCCAACACUAUUACAUCACUGCGGGUACCAGUUUUAAUACCUAUGGAUCUCAUGGUGGAAGCCAGUCCACGGAGGGUGUUCGCCAACGCUCACACCUACCAUAUCAACUCCAUCUCAGUCAACAGUGACAACGAGACUUACCUUUCAGCAGAUGACCUCCGCAUCAACCUGUGGCACUUGGAGAUCACCGACCGCAGCUUCAACAUUGUUGACAUUAAACCAGCCAACAUGGAGGAGCUGACGGAGGUGAUCACAGCCGCUGAGUUCCAUCCUCAUCAGUGCAACACCUUUGUCUACAGCAGCAGCAAAGGCACCAUCCGUCUGUGUGACAUGAGGGCUUCAGCAUUAUGUGAUAAGCACUCCAAAUUGUUUGAGGAGCCAGAGGAUCCCAGUAAUCGCUCAUUCUUCUCCGAGAUCAUAUCAUCGAUCUCAGACGUGAAGUUUAGCCACAACGGCCGUUACAUGAUGACCAGAGACUACUUAUCGGUUAAGAUUUGGGACCUGAACAUGGAGAAUAGGCCGGUGGAGACCUAUCAGGUCCAUGAGUACCUGAGGAGCAAGCUGUGCUCGCUCUACGAGAACGAUUGCAUCUUUGACAAGUUUGAAUGCUGCUGGAAUGGCAAUGACAGUGUGGUGAUGACCGGCUCAUACAACAACUUCUUCCGAAUGUUCGACCGCGGCCACAGAAGGGACGUGACCUUGGAGGCGUCCCGAGAAAACAGCAAGCCCAUGCAGGUCCUGAAGCCACGCAAGGUGUGCGCUGGCGGCAAACGCAAGAAGGACGAAAUCAGCGUGGACAGUUUGGACUUCAACAAGAAGAUCCUCCACACUGCCUGGCAUCCCCAGGACAACAUCAUCGCAGUGGCGACAACCAACAACCUCUACAUAUUCCAGGAUAAAGUGAUCUAAGCGCAGGGUGAGCGUGUGUGAUCAGGUGUGGGUUACAUCCUGUGAAGCACCCGCAGCCUCUCAGCCUCAUCCAGGGUGGUCUGUGGAAACAACCAGCAUCCCUGUCCGUCGCUACCGGUGACCAGACUUUGCCACUUUGUUCCUGAUGUGGACAGAGGACGCCUCGCUCUUGUCCGUCAUCAGUCUGUCUGCAGCAGAGUGACACCUGCCUUGUUGUUUAAGUGAUGUUGUGCCAAUUUUUUUCUUUUUUGCCAGCCCAUCCUGCCCUUUCCUUCCCCAGGGGUAACAUGGGUAAAUCAAUUUAAUUUCCUUAUAACUCUGAAAACAGACACACUUAUUUUUUAUAUCAUUUCCCCUCCCAAAAGCUCUGUGGUUGAAACACUUAAUUAGUGUAUCCUCUUGUUGUCCUGUGCCAUUGUAGUGUUUAUUUUUCUAAGAGAGAAUUGCCAGGUUUUUUUGUUGUUAUUUGUACAUCUUUUAUUAAUUCAUCCAUUUUACUGUCAUGGUUCUGUUGCAGUCUCUUCACGUCAAUCCUCCUCAUGAUUAAAACAUUCAUCCAACAGCCACAAAAGUCCGGUUCUUACACUUUGCUAUCCUCAGUUUGUACCUUUUGUUGUCCUCACACAUUCAAAGCCCUUCAUCCUGCUCACUGACACUGUGCCUCAGGUUCUGAGUGGCCACAUUAGGUCCAGACAUUUACUUUUUUUCGUCUCAAUUGGCUCUUUGUCUGACAUCUUUGUGUACCGAGUCCUCUUUGUUUUGUGUCGAACAAUAGUCAGGUAUAAGAGAUAGCAUAUUCAAAGAUAAUUAUUAUGAUUGUCAUAUUUAUAUUAAAAAAAGUUAAAAAAAAAUGUCACCAGAUCUGUUCCGUCCUAUUUUGUGAAAUGAAGCUGGACCUUGACUUUUUUCUUUGUUUUUCUUCACUGAUCUUAAGUAUUGUCUUCCCAUGGUGCACCGCGGCUCCGAAAAAGCACUUCACAACAGGGAAAACUUUUGAUUUAACACUGGACUCUUAUUCCUUCACCAACUAAAGUACUUGGAUGUCUGUGUUUUAAGUCUGCGGUUUAAAAUAAAACAUUAUUUGAGGCAUUAGGGUCACUUAAAAUGUUAAAGCUACUGCAGACAUGAAUACCGCUACUGUAUGUGAUGGUACAAUAAGCUGCACAAGAAUCUGCAGCAGUUUGAUGUCUCCACUCCUUAUUUAAAACGUGGACAAUUCAGACUAUAUUGAUGCCUCUAGUAAUGUAUAACUACAGUUUUAAUCUAUGACAGUGAAGAUGAUAAUAAUAAAGGAACUACUUUUUGCA